AUGGAGAAAAAGAAUUUAUACCAAGACAAUUAUGAAUCCAGACUCUGUAGCUCAAAAGAAAAUCCCAAUAGCUCAAGUGAAAAGAAACUGGUCACCAGGAUUAGAGUGGCGCAAGAUUCACAACAAAGAGAUGUCAGCACCUACAUUAUUGUAUAUGGACAGUGCCCAACCAAGUGCAACCACCUUGUCCUCCCUAAAGUCUCUAAAAUUCCCAACAUCAAAGCCACCCAUGUUGAAGGGUUUGUACAAACAGGAGCCGUCAUUGGUCCUUUGUUUGGACUUUCAUUAGCAUCAUUCUGUGCCAGUGUUUAUGUUGACACUGGAUCUGUGAACACAGAUGAUCUGACCAUAACUCCCACUGAUACUCGUUGGGUUGGUGCAUGGUGGUUUGGCUUUUUGAUUUGUGCAGGAGUGAAUGUGCUUACUGCCAUUCCUUUUUUCUUUUUACCCAAAUCGCUUCCAAAGGAAGGACUAGAGAAUAAUGCAGACAUCAUUAAAAACGACAAAGAUGAGAAACAAAGAGAAGAGGUCAAGAAGAAAAAGGAUGGAAUCACUAAAGAUUUUUUACCAUUCAUGAAAAGUCUCUUAUGCAACCCAAUUUACAUGCUUUUCAUACUAAUAAGUAUUAUACAGUUCAAUGCUUUUGUCAAUAUGUUCACCUUCAUGCCCAAAUAUCUGGAACAGCAACAUGGAAAAUCAGCUUCAGAUAUAAUCUUUCUAAUUGGUAUUUAUAACUUACCUCCAAUAUGCAUUGGAUAUAUAGCUGGUGGUUUAAUUAUGAAGAAAUUCAAGAUUACUGUCAAACAAGCUGCCCACAUAGCAUGUUGGUUAUCUUUAUUUGAAUAUCUUCUCCAUUUUUUGUGUUUUCUCAUGAUCUGUGAUAAUUCUUCAGUUGCUGGCAUAACCACCACUUAUAAAGGAAUGCAACAAGAUUUAUAUAUGGGAAAUGCCAUCCUUGCUGACUGUAAUAGGGAUUGCAACUGUCCAACUAAAACAUGGGAUCCUGUGUGUGGAAACAAUGGUGUGUCAUAUAUGUCGGCUUGUCUUGCUGGUUGUGAGACAUCCGUUGGAGCAGGAAUAAACAUGGUGUUCCAAAAUUGUAGCUGCAUUCUAACAUCAGGAAAUUCAUCUGCAGUUCUUGGGCUGUGUGACAAAGGACAUGACUGUUCCAUGAUGCUCCAGUACUUUUUAAUCUUGUCAGCAAUUGGCAGUUUCAUUUAUUCUUUAUCUGCCAUACCUGGAUAUAUGGUUCUCCUAAGGUGUAUCAAACCUGAAGAGAAGUCUCUUGGUGUGGGGUUACAUACAUUUUGCACAAGAGUAUUUGCUGGAAUUCCUGCACCUAUAUAUUUUGGAACUUUAGUGGAUUCCACAUGUUUACACUGGGGAACUUUGAAAUGUGGUGAGUCAGGAGCAUGCAGGAUAUAUGAUUCGACCAACUUCAGAUACAUCUACCUUGGCUUGCCAGCAGCUCUAAGAGGAAUAAGCUAUAUUCCAGCCUUUUUAAUCCUAAAUCUUUUGAAGAAUCGUCACCUACCUGGUGAAAAUGCCUCUUCAGGAACUGUGCUUAUAGAGGCAAAAAUUACAGGGAAGGAAAAUAAGUGCAAAGACAUGGACCAAAAUUCCAAGGUUUUGAAUGAUACUGAAUUGAAAACUAAAUUGUAAUGACCUAUAAUACGUCUCUCAGAGUUGUGGAAUACACUUAUAACCUAAUUGCUUUUAAAAUCAAUAGGGGUAAGCGGGUAACAUUUUCUUAUCUUUAUGAACCUCAAUUUUUUGUUUUUCACCCAAGAUAAAAAAUAUUCAUUGGUGGUAUUUCUGAAGCAUCCAUGGCAGUUGAAAUUUUCCUCAUAGGACAUUUAUAACCACCUUCAAAACAGGAUAUUAGAGCCAGUUUUAUGUUUAUGUUAAAAUAGCAAUUUUUCUUUUAACUCAUAUGAAAUAAGAGUAUAUUUCCCACAUUUUCUUUUCUAGUCGAUGUUAAAAUUUUCCUUUUAUGAAAAUCUGUUUGAUUUCAUUAAAUUCCUGCUUUGUUAUUGGGGUUAUUUAGAGACUAGUAUUUUUAUUCUGUCAAAUUCAUCAUUUUUAUGUGAAAGAAGCUGAU